UUUGGGGGUCUUUGACUUGAAGUUGGAUCUGGAAUGAAGGUAAGGUGUUCGACGAUUUGUCUGAGAGAAGUUUUAGUUCAAAGAAGUGGAUAGUGAGAUGAAGGGAAGGUUUUUGAUGAUAUGUGUGAGAGAAAUUGAAGUUGAUAUAUGGUUGUUUGAUGAUUUUGUUUGGAGACGUUGAAGUAUUUAUAGGUGAAAAUUGAAAUGGAAAUAGAAAUAGGUGGGAGGGUUGGUGUUUAAAUGGGCAUUGUUGGUGGGAAAAGAGAUAUUAGAGAGAGUAGUUUACGUGUUGACCAAGGAGUUAAGACAUUUACUUGGUCUUGUUCUUGCUAUGGCGUUUUACUUGCAAUUGAUCUUCAAGCUCGUGUAUGUCAUAUCGGCUAUUUCCAGGAAGCUAGUGAAAUGGCUGAGCAGAUUGUCUUACUCCAUAAAGAAGUUCAAGAUCAUUUGGAGAAAUCAAACUUUAAGUAUAAGGAAGCUGCGCAGAGAAGCAUCAAUGAAAGAAAACUUUCGAGGAAGGCGAUCUUGUUAUAUAGUUUAUCUACGAAAGUCGAGACCUCCAUUGGGUUCCUAUUCUAAGUUUCAUCCUUCAGAAGAUUGAGCCACGGUCAGAUAUAGAAGUAUAUAUAAAGAGUGGAAUGUGAUUUUA